AUGAGAGAUUAUAAGUUGGUUGUCCUAGGUGCCGGUGGUGUGGGUAAGUCCUGUCUUACUGUUCAGUUUGUUCAGGGAAUAUAUUUAGACACGUAUGACCCUACCAUUGAAGAUUCAUAUAGAAAGACAAUCGAAAUAGAUAAUAAGGUGUUCGAUUUGGAAAUCUUGGAUACUGCUGGUGUGGCACAAUUCACCGCUAUGAGAGAAUUGUAUAUUAAAUCAGGAAUGGGGUUUCUGUUAGUUUAUUCAGUCACUGACCCUCAAUCAUUGGAUGAAUUGAUGGAAUUGAGAGAACAAGUUCUUAGAAUUAAGGAUACAGAUAGAGUACCAAUGGUUCUUGUUGGUAACAAGGCUGAUUUAACCGAAGAUAGAGUAAUUAGUGUGGAAGAAGGAAUAGAAGUUAGCAGUAAAUGGGGGAAAGUCCCAUUUUAUGAAACUAGUGCAUUAUUAAGGAGCAACGUCGAUGAAGUAUUUGUGGAUUUGGUAAGACAAAUCAUCAGGAAUGAAAUGGAAACAGUGGCUAAGUCUGAGGCUAGAUACCCAAGUCAACAAAAUCUGUCAACAAGAAAUACAUCACGUUCUAAUACGAAUGUGUCUAGACAAAACCAAAGUUCGAAACAACAACAAGAAGCAUCAACGACACAGGCUAAGAGGAAUCAAGGACAAGCGAAGAAACAAAGUUCGAGCAAGCAACCUCAAGAAAGAGUAGCAUCUCAACGAAAGGACAUUAGAACCCCACAAGGACAAGCAAAUGCAAAUAUAAGGAACGCAUCAAUUGAGAAAAGAAAAAAGAAAACCAAAUGUGUUAUUUUAUGA